AUGAAGAAGGCGCCAUCAGUUCUAAUCAAGUCUAAACAAGGCCAGAAGAUAUACGAGCCAUGGAUGGACUACAAGGAAGACAGCCGUCCAUCUACGAUCACUAGUGCACCUACGAUAACAACUCCCGAAGCAGUGGAAUCACAUUACCGCUUCAGCGACGCGUACGCAGAAACUGCUUCCACAACCACCGACAACUCAACUAAACCUUCGUUUGUACCCCGUAAUGCAGUAAAAGCCAAAACUGCUAAACAAGCUGACACUAUUGCAUCCCGUAGUGCGGUAGAAGGCAAAACUGCGAAGGAAACUAGCGUGAUCCCCAGAACUAGCUGUUCGACAAGAAGUAUCAGAACUCCAGCAAUUCAGCCGCGAAAUUUGCUUUCGAGGAAAUCAAGUUCGCAACCAACGUCAAGAGAGCGCAUAACGUCCAAACAAUCAGUGCGAACAGUUGGAAAGAAAUCUCCUUCAGCUCCAAAUACGUCGUCAUCAACAACGUCAGAGCAAAGCGUUACGAAACGCGAUGUUCACUCGUCGCCUCCUCCUGCGUAUACACCGAAUCCUGACUACACGAAAGACAAAAAGUCAACUAGUUCAAUGUUAAUCAAAGAAUGGUUCUUCCGAUUUUUGAUCGCCCAAAUCGAAGUGGAAUUCAGUGCUUUCUAUUCAUGGACAACGAAUGGAUCUGAGGAGGACCUAAAUGAAGAUAUAAUCAAAAAGCUUCUGUUUCCUAACCAUUGA